UACUUAAAGUAUUUUCCCUGCUCCUAGAAGAACCAACUGCCGGAACACAAAGGAUCUAUAAUUUGAAUACAUUUAUUAAAUGUUCUAGCUGAGAAGUAUCCUUUCGAAAUGUCCGCCGUGAGUCCCAACUCCUGCGUCGAGACGCCCAAGGCACCGGAAUGGCUGUCGAAGCUGGAGAGCCGUCGGGAGCAACUGAAACGCUCCAAACUGGGACACGAAGCCGGAGCUGGUGCUCCUUGUGCCGAAUGCAAGGACAAGUGCCCCGGGCUGGAUCUGCACUUCUGGCGCAAGGUGUGCCGCAACUGCAAAUGCCCCAAGAAUCAGCAUGUGUGUCCGGACGACGAUGACGCCACAGGCUGGGCGCAGUUCGAGAUUCUGGGGCAGAUCAGGGCCAAGCCAGCAUACAUUAAAAUCAAGGCCCUGGCCAGUCAGCCAGUACAACUGGAGUGGGUGCCACCAAAUGCCGCUCCAGAUGUGGUCACGGAUUACAUGGAGAACUUGGGCACGGCCCGCAUUCCCGUGGCUGGAAGUGAUGCUGCCCUCAAGCGGAAGCUGCAGCUGGAGCUUCAGGUGCCGCCGCACGAUCUGGAUGCCACCUUGUGCGAUGGAUUGACGGAAACGGAGGCCCUGCAACUGCAGCAGUAUGUCCAAAAGUUACGCGAGCAGUGCGUCGGUCAGGGCGUGGUAGUGCGCCUGGGCGAUCGACUCAAUCAUGCCCAAGUGGAGCACAUGGCUCCCGUUUCGAAGGCCUCCCAGUUAGAGGCAGUCAAAACCUGGCAAUUUUUGGGUCUCCCACCGGUGGCUGAUGACACUCUCAACGAACUGCUGGCCAAUCCCAAGGUGGCACAGGCUUUGGCCAGUCCAGCCAGCGCCCAGCCCAAGUUGCUCGUGGCAUUUUCAGAGCCCUUAACCGACUCCACAGUGCAAUUCGAGGAAAAUGGGGCUCUGCGGGCUCAGACACGGGAAAAGCUACUGGGGAUCAGCAAGCCAGCCUUGCAGAGCCUUGUGAGUCAUGGUGUUAUUUACGACAAGGUGCUUGGAAUAUUACAGGAAAAGAUGCUGAACAUCUCGAGGGACCCCAAACUAGGUCCCAUUGCUGAGUUCCGCAAAGAGUAUGUGAACAAUCCGCAGUUUAGGGCAGAGAUCAACACCAUUUGCCCGCAGCAGCCCAUGACGCCAAUAAAGGCCUCUCCGGGCACGCCCUUCAACUCCCCGUUGCCCCUAAAGAACCCAGUGCAGAUCAAAUUUGGAUCACAAAUGCGCCAGGAUACGCCCAUGCGGCGGGUCAAGUUCGGCGGCGUGUCCACUAUUGUUUACGAUUGCGGACUGCCCACCAACACGGAUUACGAUCGUGAUCCGGUCUUUGCCCAGAUCCUCCAGGCGGAGCCACUGAAACAGGCGCUGCAGGAGGCGCGUGCUGGACGUGCUCCCUCCUCGGUAGUUAUUUCCAAUAUCCCAGCUCCUGUGGCCAGUCUCGCAGAUCUCAAAGGCCUCACUCCCGCCACCAAGGCACAGCUUCAAUCCGUGGGACUGGACAAGAACAUGCUGCAGUCCGCCGUGUCCAACGCACCUUACUACGAUCGUCUUUUCCGCUCGCUCCAAGACAAGGGCAUUCCGCAUGACCAGUGCCAACUGUUGCAGCCACUAAAACAAGUGCACGACUGGCUGCUGGAUGAUGAUCAGUUGCUGGGAGAGAUCGACAAGGUCUUUGCUGAUAUGGCUAAUGGCAUGAAGGAUAUUUCGUAUCCGAAAUCCAGUCUUGGCGAGCUGCCCACUUCGCAGAGUAGUGAUUCUGGCUUCCACUCGAAGCCCUCUACUCCGGGCUAUGGCAACGAGGAUGUAACCGCAGGACAGGGCAGAUUCACCAGCAUUCCCGGUAUAGAGGACAUGAACAUGUAUCCCGGUUGCGCCGGCAUGCCAGAGCAGUUUCAGCAGCUGCGACUCCAUGGAGAGAAUACUCCAGGCAAAGAUUCCCUGCGAACCAUCAUGUGCGCCGACUGCUUGAAGCCCAUUGCCCAUGGCGAAGUGGCCGUCAAGGCGGAUCGUGCUGGAAAGGAGAUCGCCUGGCAUCCCGGCUGCUUCAAGUGCACCACAUGUCGGGAACUGCUGGCCGAUCUGGUGUACUUCUUCCACCAGGGUCAGGUCUUCUGCGGUCGCGACUUGGCCAUCAAGCUGAAGAUCCCGCGUUGCCGCGCCUGCGAUGAGCUGAUCUUUACCAAGGAGUACACGGCUGCGGAGGAGGCCACCUUCCACAUCAAGCACUUCUGUUGCUAUCAGUGCGAUGAGCCGCUGGCCGGGCAGCAGUAUAUCGCAGACGAGAAGUCCAAUAUGCCGCUGUGCCUGCUCUGCUAUGACCGCUUGUUUGCCGUUUGCUGUCAACGCUGCAAGAUAGCCAUUGGACCGGCGGAUCAGGGCGUGGCCUGGGGCGAUGUCCACUGGCAUGCCAAUUGCUUUGUCUGUGCCGGAGCACAGUGCUCAAAGCCGCUGAUAGGAGGACGCUUUUGCGUCAAGGAGAACAUGCCCUUUUGCAGUCCCGCCUGUGUGCGCAGCGUUAUUAAUUGAGACAGCUAAGGAACCACUCCAGUAUUCAUUUUUCCAUAUAUACAUAUGUAUGCACAAAAGAUCACAGACUCAAUCAUCGGGUAUUUGAUGAUACACUA